AUAUCUGUGUGUGUGAGUCAGUCAGUCAUUAUUUGUGUGUAAUGUAAUGGCGAUUUGUGAACAGUAGUUUCUUCAGAAUAAUAUCAUAUGUAAUAACAAAAGUUAUAAAAAUAUACGUGAUACAUAAAUACCGAGAUUGCCAAUAUGCGGUCUGUUGUAGAAAUAGGGGCAAGUGUCCCUGCCUUUUUAGGAAAAUUAUGGAAACUGGUUAACGAUACAGAAAACAAUCACUUAAUUUCCUGGAGCCCCGGAGGAAAAACAUUUGUAAUAAAGAACCAAGCUGACUUUGCUAGGGAAUUACUCCCUUUGUAUUACAAACACAACAAUAUGGCCAGUUUCAUCAGACAAUUGAAUAUGUAUGGAUUCCACAAAAUCACAUCUGUUGAAAAUGGUGGACUUCGAUAUGAAAAAGAUGAAAUAGAAUUCUCACAUCCCUGUUUCAUGAGGGGUCAUUCCUACUUACUCGAACACAUAAAGAGAAAAAUUGCUAAUCCAAAGACAAUAGUGACUAGCGGAGAGAGUGGUGAAAAAAUACUCCUAAAACCUGAAUUAAUGAAUAAAGUGUUGACUGAUGUAAAACAAAUGAAAGGGAAACAAGAGAACUUGGAUGCUAAGUUUAGUGCAAUGAAACAAGAGAAUGAAGCUCUAUGGAGAGAGGUGGCCAUUCUAAGGCAGAAGCACAUCAAGCAGCAGCAGAUAGUCAAUAAUCUGAUACAAUUCCUGAUGUCCCUAGUUCAACCAGCAAGACCAAACAAUGCCAACAGUAAUAAUGUUGGUGUGAAGCGGCCUUACCAGCUAAUGAUAAAUAGCGCGGCACAUGAUUCUGCCGCAGACAGCGCCCACCCUGGACGGAUAAAGAACAUCAAACUGGAUAAAGACACUUUACUAGAUGAACUGAAUGAAGAAAAUUUGGAGGAUGGUCCCACAAUCCAUGAGCUGGCCCAUGAUGACAUUUUGCAUUCAGAGAUUGCUCAAGAUUCACUAGACCCUGCCAAUUUUGUGACCAUAGAUGUGCCCUCUGAUGCUAACGUCAACAAUGACUAUAGUCCUAACCCCUCAGGACCUGUUCAAUAUGAAGUUACUAUGGAAGAUGGAGAUGAUUUAAAUGCAGAUGGUGUCAGAGUCACAUAUCCAAUAGCCAAAGUCAACAACCUAUUACGGCCUCAGGAUGUUCAGCCAGUAGUGACAUCACCAUCUCCCACUAUGAUUAAUCCAACAUCACCAUUGGAUCAACCAAUACUAGAUCAAGUUUUCAUUGAUCCAUCGACUAUAACAACUGCAGAAAAAACAAAAAAGGUGCAAAGGAGUAUUGCUAAACCUGCAAAGAGAAUGUCAUCUGGCAGUAGUUUUAACAACUUAAAUCCUUCUGCUGAUUUGAAAUUACCAGCUGAAAUAUUUGCUGAUGAAGAUUCAGUAGAAAAUGGCAUAGCAGCAGAUGAACUCCUGCAGAGUGCACUACAAAGUGCUGCAUUCGAUGGUAGCAUGUCUACUUCUAAAGACAAAAUGUUUGGUGGAAUCAACAUCAAACUUGAAAAAGCAGAAAACGCUAAACCAACAAAGAAAUCAAAGAAAUCUAAUAAGGACAAUAACACGAACCCGAUAGACCUGGCUGGCAUUAAGACUGAGCUGCAAGAUGACUUGGACUGGAAUAACAUGACUCUUGCAACCGUGAACAAUAACAGUGACGUUAACAGGUACAACUCCAUGAAUAGGAGAGAUAACAUCAGCAAAAAUCUUGAGGAAUAUACUUCUGUCUUUGGAACAAAUUCAAACAAGAAUGAUAUUGAUGAUCAUUUGGACUCCAUGCAAACUGACAUUGAGUCACUGAGAGAGUUAUUACGGAGUGACAAUUAUGCGUUGGACACAAACACUCUAAUGGGGAUUGCUGAUGCAAGGCUAGGAUCUACGAUGUCUUUCGCCAUUCCCUCCAGUCAGCUGCCGUCACACGAUUACCUGUUUGGCUCCGAUGAUCCAUUCUACGGCUUGUCUUAUAAUCCCGUGGACGAGCGAGCGAGAGCAUCAAACAGUGCAAAGAAGCCGAAAGGUGAGAUAUCGAAUGUGAGCGGGGAGGAGGGCCGUGUCCAGGACGCGUUUCCCGAGGACGAUGCUGAGGGGAAUCAGCUUAUGUCGUAUACAGGGAAUAUUCCUUACUUUGAGGAUAUGAACCUAGAGUUGGCGAGCGAUAACUCUCAAGAGGCGCCGGCGCCGACGCCGCCGAGCCCGUCUAGCUACACGCUGAACACGCCUCAGGUGCAGCUGGGCUCUCCCGCCUUCCCGCAGAAACCAUGAGCCUCCACCACUCGGCGUCGCGUAUACCUUAUGAACGGUUGAAGAACGCAAGCGUCAUCUUAAUUCUAACUUGAGGGCCCUGAAACAAAAGCUCCGAGGGGAAGGGAACGUUGACAACUACAGCGUAGAGUGAAGUCGCCCGGAGACUUCCAGGCCGAGGUAUAAGGCUAUGUUUACUUGCGGUCUAUAGCUCAAUAGCCGACAGCGCCAUGCUAUCUAAGCCAUGUGGCUAUCGACUGCCGAAUACGGGAGCAGAAGACCCAGUGUCAACGUGCCUUACGCCAAUGGGAAAAGGCUCAAGCUAAUGUAUGAUGAACAUAGUGAUAUGUCACAAGUGCGAAAUGUAUCUAAUGCAAUGUCGACACUACUGCGUGUGAGCCUUGCCGUGUCCUUUUAUUUGUUUGUAUAUAUACUUUAUUUGAUCGGCUAAGUGCAACACCAUAAUAAUAUAUUUGGUCUUGUUGCCAUGUUACAAAUUAAAAAUAUUUUCAAAAAAAUAAAAUGUUUUGUUUGAAAAUAAUGAAGCGCUGAUAUGUUUAAUAUUUUAUAUUUCAAAGAUAUCUGUUUCCUAACGAGUCAAUAAAAUGAUUAUUGUUAUUUAACGAAUGCAAUAAUAAUUAAAUAAUUUUGAUUGAAAUAUGCAUCUAACUACCUACCUAUUUUCGUUGAGGCCAGUUAACCUGAUUUAGUAUGUCUUGCGUUUCGGCAAAGACUCAUUAGGCAAAUGAUGUCAUUAAACAAAAUGUACUACCACUUAUAAUUUUAAAUAUCUAUAUGCAAUUCAUACCUAAGUAAUUAAUUAAUCUCAAUUAUUAAGUUAUCAUAAACCUAAAUUUGUCUAAAUAUAUCUCUGUCAUCUUUUAUUAAUCCUACGUGGCUCGAUGAAAUGGAAAAUGAUUUUAAAAUAACUUCACCAUAGGGUCAAGUCAUAUUUUAGUAAAAAUUAUAUAUCUUGUUUAGCGUCGAAUAGACCAAUGUUAUUUUUUUAUCCUAACCAACCAUAUUAAAAAAUACUGGCCUGAAUUUUGUAUCUUUGAAACAUUGGUCGAAUCUACUACUACUAAGAUAACCCGAAAAUCGUGGCAUUUAUACAACAAAUAUUCAUAAUUAUCCACAUACCUACUGACUGACAUGCAUUAUUAACUCUAUGAACAUCAUCACUGUGGCCUAAUGUAUUAAUUCUUAAAUUCGUACUUCAUUAUUUAGAUACCUCAUCAAAAUCUUCAAUGUUCGUCUUUAGUAUUCCCACCAGAUUUGCAAGUAAUUAAAUUAAAAGCAAGCAACUAUCAUAAAUUUGAAAGUUACAAAUGUGUCUACCGAAUGACGCGCAAAAUGAAACCUUGAGGCUAUCAGUAAAGAAAGGGUCUCAUUAUACUAUGAUCACUUUUUAAUGACUUCUUAUCUAUUUGUUCAUUGUACAGUCAAGUGUAAAAAUAUGGGUGCACUCAUCAUACUCAAAAAUAUGUCCCAUAGCUCUUAUGUCAGCGAAUUAAGAACUAUGGGACAUAUUUUUGAGUAAGUUGUAUGCACCCAUAUUUUUACACUUGACUGUACCUAAAUGCAAAGUGCCUGUAUAUGUAAAAUCAUAGAGUGAACAGACGGUUUUACAUCUUUUCUCCCCUAUCCAUGAUAGCAAAGAAGAGUCCUACUAUUAAUACAUCUUUGAUGAUGGUAAUAUAGAAUCUACCUUAAACCUAGUGCCUGUCUACCAAAAAGUAGAGAGAGGUAAUGGAAUAUCGAUUUACACAGAAAACACCAUAAGCAUGCAAUAUAAGCAUAAGGGUUAUGAUAACAUUUUUGCUUCUUAACCAAGCUUUACAAUUCGUUUUACAAUUAGUUUUUAGAUAAAAAAAUACUUCUGUGUCAAUGCUGUCUCUAAAAUGAUUUUAAUCAGUUACAGCUCUUUACUCUCUGGUACCUAAUAAGUAAUGUCACGCAUUUACAGGAACACCUAUUCAAUGAAUGACAUAGUUUUCUGUUACUAAAUUCAUAUUAAACAGUAGAUUAGAUGGCAACGAUAAUCUUAACUUUGGGCCCCUUAGGAACUAAUGGUCCAAUACACACGCUAGUGGUGUUAGUUUAUCUAUUGAUAACACUCAUGCAUUUUAUACAAGCACUGGAGUUUGUACGCAUACUUAACAAUUUUUGAGGCAAUUAAAUAUGACCUUUAACUAUUACAGUACACAUAUGCUGUUUCUUCCUUCAGAGAUUUCCCUUGAAAUUAGGUAUAUCUCUUAAUAUAGACAGAAAAGAGUGACAGGUGAAUGAAGGCAACCUCAAAGUUUAUUUCUACGUACAAAAUCCAGUACUGUUAUAACAUUCUUGAUAACACUAGAACUGAGAAUACAAAAACCUUGCUAUAUCUAAGUAAUAAAAUAAUAUCAGUAUCAAUUAUUUACUUUUAACUUGUAUUAUCAUGGUGUAAUUGUACAGGGUCUUGUUAUGCGAAUAGCAGAAGACAGUGACGUCAUAUUACAUAAUAUCCGAGAUUAAUUUAUGAUGGCACAUGAAAUUAAUAUCUUAGUUUCGUUUCAAGCAGAAGUCAAAGCGCUAUACAAAUAGGACAGAAGCCUCGUCGGUGCUGCCAUCUACACAGAGUUGUCUAAGAACGCAAUUGGGUUGGUAGAAGACAAUAGUCUUUAUUAUUUACUCGUUUUUGGUUUUAAGUCAUAAUUGCCAAACAGCUCAAGUUAUACAUCUGAAUUUCGUUUGAUUAUGGCCUUAUACUGAAGUCCGUCCGAAGUUUACCAAUUUAAUGAAAAAUGACCCGUUUAACUUUGAAAUCAGUGAGACAUGUGAUAUGACGUUACUGUCCAUGAUUUUUGAAUCCUAGCAGUCUGGAAGCAUGUUAGGUGUUAAGAAAUGCAGUUUGUGUAGUACACGAGCGAUUACCGCAUUAGUAUCCCCGUCUAUUCGUAAUUUUGGAACAUUUGUGAUUCGGACCACUCUAUUGUUUUAAUAAUUGAAACCUUAAAACUUUCGUCCGCUGCAAUUGCUACUAACCACCUACUAACGCAAUCAAUACACAUCUCUUGACAUCCCUUCUUCAGUCAAUUCAGAGAUAUUUUAAAUUCAUUAAAAGCGUAGAUAUUUUUGCAGACUGAUGGUGCUAAAGGCGCGUUUACACUCCGAAAACUGCUGCUACAUUCAAAAUUACUGUCCAUGAUAAGAAUAUGUAUAUUAUGGUGUGAUCUAUAUAUAGUCGAAUACGGCAGUGGAGCCAGUGUAAACGCGCCCUUAUCUAGAGUCCCUCAUCAACGCACCUUCAACUAUGGUGAUAAACGCUCGUGAACUAGACCUUUACUGUCAGAUUAUUAUUAAUAAUUACGUAGAGAGUAAUUUACCAUUGUAUAAAACAUUUAAUUUCAUUAUGAACAAAGUAUGGUAGAAUAAAGUAUGUAAGGAUAUAAUAUAUAUUUCGUUAUAUUGAUGUAAGUUAUUUUUAAUAUUAGAUUAAUAAAAGGUUGAGAUGAA